AUGUACGCAACAACAAAAAACAAUGAAAAAUUUAUAAAAAAAGUUAAAGGCUUUGACUCAACACACAUACCACCUUGCUGGAAAUCUUUAAAACAAAAAUUGUUGAGGACGAUCUUUGUCAAUUCAAUGUAUCAGAAUGCCACUAAGCCGGAUUUUAUAAAUUUUAGCGCUGAAAAUAGCGGCUGGUUAUUAUUAGAUGGUUUUUUAAAACCAACAUGGUUUGUUGGAGAUUCAACGCUACUGCAAGUCAAAGAUGUGGUUUGUAAUUCUAUUAAAGAAAUAGACGAGAAUACAGAUUAUUCAGAUAUAAGUAGUUGUGUGAGUGACAGUUCCGAUGAAUCGGAGGAUGCAUAA